AUGCUAGCCAUGAAAAGACCUUCGAACCAGGCCUACGAAGCUUUACACAACACAUUCUGGAACAAAAGCAAGGACCAAACCCCCGGCGGCAGCUUCCCCAUGCUCGAGGGCAACAGUGCCAACAUUCUCGAGGACAAAGAUGACCUGGUUGCGCUUCGUAGACCUCCAGAAGAAGACUACCUGACGAAAACUCUACGCAAACAUUUCCCUAUCUUCUUUUCAGCUCGAAAGCCUGGAGUCCAUGGUCGGGUUGGCUACAUCUCAGAGCAGAAGAUACAAGUCUUCGUUGGAGCAGUGAACAUUCUGCUGGCUGCCGCAUUCUUGUUUGGCGCCAACUACAAUCUGUACUACGUACAAGAUCCGCACAAGACACUGGGGCUCAUCACAGGGUAUACUGUCGCCUUCGCGCUGUCCAUAGGGCUCAUAACAAGUGCGCGACGAGCGGAGAUCUUUGGCGCCUGUGCAGCAUAUGCUGCCGUCCUGGUCGUUUUCGUCAGCGGAAACUUGGGUAAUAACACCAAUGGCGCGGCGUGCUGCCCACCACAAAACGGAACAACUGCUGCAGGCUCUUGA